AUGUCAAGUGCCGUGGCCCGGACGGGGUUGGCCUUCCAUCACAAUGCGAAGCUCUAUACGCUGUCGACGUCUGUGGUGGCGGUGACGCCAUUCCAAGCCCUGGCCGAGACGAACCGGCAGCUCUUCAAGACGGGCAGUGACGACGACUUUGUGGUGGUGACGAGUGAAACCCUCUUCCACCCGCAAGGCGGCGGCCAACCGUCGGACACGGGCAGCAUGGAGUCGAUGGACGGGGCCACGUUCACCGUGUCGGCGGUGCGCAUGGACGGCGAGCACGACGGACAGGUGUUGCACCUGGGCCGGUUCGGCGGCGAGUCACAGCCACGGCGGUUCAGCGCCGGCGAGCGCGUUACGCAGUCGCUGGACGUCGAGAAACGCCUGCUCUACUCGCGUCUCCACACGGCCGGGCACGUGCUGGGCGCGGCGGUGCGACACCUGCUGGAGGCGCAGGUGCCGGGCUUCGACGAGCUCAAGGCCAGCCAUUUCCCGGACAGUGCGGCCUGCGAGUUCCAGGGCCUGAUCGAGGGCAAGUGGAAGGACGGCAUCCAAGCCCGCGUCGACGACUAUGUCGCCCGCGCCAUGCCCGUCGAGAUCGACUUUUGGUCCGAAGACGACUUCCGCGCCAACGGCCUCGCCCGCCUCAUUCCCUCGCCGGACAGCGGUCUCGGCCUCGCCCCCGGCGAGAAGUACCGCGUCGUCAAGAUCAUAGGUGCUGAGGUCUAUCCUUGCGGCGGCACACACGUCGACUCCACCGAUCUGUGUGGGAAGGUCGGUGUCAGGAAGAUCAGUCGGAGUAAAGGCACCAGUCGGGUUUCGUAUACCGUGUCCUGA